CGCCAUGUUGGCUGCUAUAACUUGACUUGUUGUUUUCAUCAGCCGUACUACGGACUUGACAGGAGUGGCUCUCUUAAAUCACCGUGCGCCUUCGGAGACAAUUUAUCCCGCUUUUGCGCGCACGCGUGUGGAUGUUACGCGCGGAGUAUGCAUGCAUCGCUCCCGUGACUUUGGAAUACUACUUCGGAAUUACAGUUUGAGAAAGGCUCGCUCGUCGUUUUGUGCGUUUUCUGUCAUAUGUGCAACAAAAUGUCAGACGUUCGACUUUCUAAUGCGAGCCCGACGUUGGAGAGGGUGGAUCCGCGGCAGCCAGACAACGUCAGACCCCCGGUCCGCAGAAACCUCUUCGGCAGACCGGACCCAGAGGAGUUGCGGAGAAAUGUGGCGGCUUUGAUACAGGACGACGUGCAGGCUUUUAUUGAGAGAUAUAACUUCGACCCGGUUGAAGAAAGACCGCUCUCUCCGCACACCUUCGAGUGGGAGGAGGACGGCGACGCGCCGGAGUUUUUUCGCAGAGCGCCCCACGGGAACCAGCGGCCCCGGCGAGAGGCGGACCUGCCCGGCGAUGACAACGGGCAGGAUGCCGCGGAGAGGAGUGGAACGCAGCCGGAUCGCCAGCGGGAGAGAAACGGCUCGAGGAAACGAGGCGCAGGAGCUUUAGGUCCCUGCUCCAGCGACGGUCAGAACAAAAGGUCGCACACCGACGACGAGGAAGAUGAUGAUGAAAACCAGUCGAAAGGUGCAGGAAGUCGAGCGGUGAACGCGGCGGAGAGACCUGGUCUGCCAGAAGGGAGCGCGGAGGUCCGGUAAAAAGAGACCUGUUGCUGGUGGAAUACUGUAGCCUUUCUCAUCAUCUGACAGACGGGAGAGAGAACGUUUUCAAGAGCAGCCUUUUCUAAAGAAGGGAGGAGAGGAGGCUGCACAAGCACUGAAUAUGUACACUAUCAAGUUUUUGGCACUCGUUUUAAUUCAAUUGCCUCAGAAGCAGCAGACAAUGUAGCAAUAUGCAAAUGGAAUUUUGCUCAUGUUGUUUUUUUUUAUUUACUACCUAUGUUUCAGAUGUAGCACAUAAAAAGCAUAUUAUGCUUUUCAUACCUUUUCCUAAAUGUUUUUUAAAUAAGUGUGUGAAUUUGACUCGGGAAGUUGCAGUGCAACUUCCAACAGAGAAAUAUUAUUUUGGUAACGUGGUCAUGUUGUAACGUUCUUCAGGUAAUUGAUAUAUUUAAAAGAUGAAAAUGCAGAUUUCAUAAGUCAGGGUUAUGUGGAAAAAAAAUCUCUUCACAUGUACUAUGGCUUUAUUUGUCCCAGUAUUAUAUAUCUUGUUUCUCUGAAGGCCCAGAUGGCCACACUUUAAGUUGAGGAUCCAUCUAACUGGGAACAGCCAUCAUAGAUAAAGUUUACAUACAGAUAAUGUUUCAAUCUUUAUUUUCCCAUUUCCCCUAUUGUAUUAUAUUCAAGGGUUUUUGCCAAAGUUUGCGCUUUUUUCCUGAGGGAGGGUGAUGAGUGGGUGGAUGGGUCCCCUCUAUUCCUGAGAAAUCUCCAACCAAAUUUUUAACAGUAUUUGCUAACAAUCCUAAGAAGAAUUUGUUUUUAUUUUUAAAUUAGUUGAUAUUUUAGUGACUUAUAUGUCACGUAGCCUCGCCCUUAUAAUAUACGCUGUAGUUCGGGUUAAGUGAGAUAAAACGUCUUAAAAUCACUGGGCUACUUAUUAUGCAAAUAUGUGAAUCAAAGAUUUGUCUUUGUGGUGUGGAAUUCAUGUGGAACAUGGAAUUGCACUAUAAUUAUUUCUCAUUUUUGUGAAGGCAGGAGACAAAGUUACACUGCCUCAUUUGGUGUAAAACUUUGAAGUGUACCUGUGCCUUUUUUAAACACUGAAAAAAAAUAUACUAACUUAUUUAUAUUGAGCUUCGUUGUUGGGUGUAUGUAUAACUUCCCAAAGCAUAAUUGUUGUGCAUAUUUGUAAAUAUAUAUUUUCAUUAUUGUUUUUAAGAUAAAUAAACUGUUGCAAAACUGAGCCUAACAAUG